AUGUGGUUAAAAAUAGUGACAUUAGUGUGUAUAAUUUCGGAAAUUGGUAGUUUAUUAUAUCCUCUCGUUCGAGAUAAUCAAGUUUAUAACUAUGUACCUCCUGAGAAUGACGUGGAAUUCAAUUUAUAUCACAGGGACGACCUGGAGGUGAGCGACAGAAUCUAUGUGGAAGAUGGAAGUUCCUUGAACAAAUCAAGAUUUGAUGCUUACUUACCUACCAAGAUAAUUAUUCACGGUUGGACACAUGGAGAUAAUGUGCCUUGGAUGAUUGAAAUGAGAGAAGCACUCGCUCAAAGUGGCACCUGUAACGUUUUCGUGGUCGAUUGGUCCAAUCUCUCACACGUGACAUAUAUCGAGGCAAGGAUCCAUAACACUGUUGUUGCCAAACAACUGACGAAGCUGUUACUUCUUCUCGCUUAUCACAGAGGUAUAUCUAUGUCAUCGAUACACCUGAUAGGUCACAGUAUGGGAGGGCAGAUAUCAGCUAAUGUGGGAAUGAGAAUAAAAAACCAACUAGGACAAAAAAUCGGGAGAAUCACAGGUUUGGAUCCAGCUGCCCCUUUGUAUGAGUGGCCGCACAUAGAGUCUUUGGACGAAAUUCUGGAUCCAACUGAUGCUAGUUUUGUCGAUGUGAUCCAUACCAAUGCCAGGCACUUGGGAAUGGUGACCCCCGCAGGUCACGUGGAUUACUAUCCCAAUGGAGGUGAUCGACAGGAAGGCUGUAUCUUUUGGAUUUGCGAUCAUAUACGAGCCUGUGAAUACUUUAUAGCUUCUAUCCGGAAGCCUGAUCUUUUCAACGCAUUCUCUUAUAAAGAUCUGAAUGAAUAUGCAAGAGGACGUGAGAGUCAGUUGGAAUCCUAUCCCAUGGGAAUAAACGCCAAUCCAGAAAUACCUUUCGGAAUUUACUAUGUUAAAGUAGACGAUACCUAUAAGCAAUAUGUUGAAUCUAAAACAACGUUGAGCGAUAGUUAUGGUUUGAAUAUAUAUCAUGAAUAA